CUUCCGUUUGAAAUUGAUUCCUGCUAUGCUGAAGAUCACGCUGGUGCGAACGCUGGCAAUUAUAUCCUGGGAUUUAUAGCACUUUCCCGUGUUUGUUUCCUGGGAUGUGCUGAUUCUCAGCUGCCUAAUAACCAAGCUCCUGUUACUGUGAAGAUCACAUACAAUUGACGUCACUGCGUUUGCCAGUAAAGGGGAUAACAUUAUAAGAAUAUCUGACAAAUUCAUUUGUGCUGAACAAGACAAUGUCUGACAAGAACCAAACCUCAGACCUUCCUGAUGCACACAGAGGGCGUCUAGAGGAAAACCCGGGCACUGGGCUAUUAAAUGUGAAGGAAGAGGAUGAGACAGAUGACAUGAAUAGUCAUCAGACUGAAAUACAUUGCUCCCUCCCUGCCGGGCGUCUAGAGGAAAACCCGGGCACUGGGCUAUUAAAUGUGAAGGAAGAGGAUGAGACAGAUGACAUGAAUAGUCAUCAGACUGAAAUACAUUGCUCCCUCCCUGCCGAUGAAGAUAACGCUGAUAUAGUGAAAGUUGAGAUAACAGAAGAUCUGUGUGUGAGGCAUCAGCUGGAAGCACCAGAUAAGGAAGCCAGUGACAGCAUCAGCUCAGGCCGUAUGGAUGUGACGCCUUCAGAUGGCUCAGCAGUUGAGUACAGAGGAGAACCGUAUGUGUGUGAUUACGUGAAGACUGAGGAGGAUGAAGUUCCUAUAAAUACGGCUACAGGUGAUGUUAAGACUGAAGUCGCACUUAAUGCUGAACAAACAAAUGAUCUGUGUGUAAAGAGUCAGCAGGAAGCCGUGAAGCAGGAAAUCAGUGACAAUAUCAGUACAGGUGAAAAUGAUGCUAAGAUUUCAUGUAACAUGGAACAAACAGAAGAUCAGUGGCUAAGAAAUAUGCCAGAACCACCAGAGCAGGAAAUAUGUGACAAUAUAGGUAUAGGUAAAUUCACAAACUGCAAUAAUCCUAGUCAUGAUCAGAGUGCAGAUUGUGGGAAAUAUUUUCUUAAGAAAUCACAUCUUUUCAAACAUCUAAAAAUGUUUACAGGAGGAAAAGGAUUUUCAUGUUCUGGCUGUGGGAAAGGUUUUAAUAAGAAAUCAAAUCUUAUUACCCAUCAGAAAAUUCAUAAAGGGGAGAAAGCAUUUUCAUGUGCUGACUGCGGAAAAUGUUUUACUGUGAAAUCAACUCUUCUUGCGCAUCAGAAAACUCAUACAGAAGAGAAAAGUUUUUCGUGUUCUGACUGUGGGAGAUGUUUUACUCAGAUAGCAAAUCUUAUUAUGCAUCAGAAAAUUCAUACAGUAGAAAAAGCAUUUUCAUGUUCUGACUGUGGAAAAUGUUUUAUUAGAAAAUCAAAUCUUAUUAGGCAUCAGAAAAUUCAUACAGGAGAGAAAGCAUUUUCAUGUUCGGACUGUGGAAAAUGUUUUAAUCUGAAACAAACUCUUAAUAAGCAUCAGAAAAUGCAUACAGGGGAGAGAGGAUUUUCAUGUUCUGACUGUGGAAAAUGUUUUAUUAGAAAAUCAAAUCUUAUUAUGCAUCAGAAAAUUCAUACAGUAGAAAAAGCAUUUUCAUGUUCUGACUGUGGAAAAUGUUUUAUUAGAAAAUCAAAUCUUAUUAGGCAUCAGAAAAUUCAUACAGGAGAGAAAGCAUUUUCAUGUUCGGACUGUGGAAAAUGUUUUAAUCAGAAAGAAACUCUUAAUAAGCAUCAGAAAAUUCAUACAGGGGAGAAAGGAUUUUCAUGCUCUGACUGUGGGAAAGGUUUUACUCACAAAACGAAUCUUAUUAUGCAUCAGAAAAUUCAUACAGGAGAGAAAGCAUAUUCAUGUUCUGACUGUGGAAAAUGUUUUAUUAGAAAAUCAAAUCUUAUUAUGCAUCAGAAAAUUCAUACAGUAGAAAAAGCAUUUUCAUGUUCUGACUGUGGAAAAUGUUUUAUUAGAAAAUCAAAUCUUAUUAGGCAUCAGAAAAUUCAUACAGGAGAGAAAGCAUUUUCAUAUCGGACUGAGGAAAAUGUUUUAACCCCUUAAGGACCAGCGACGUACCCUGUAUGUCACUGGCCUUUUUUUGGGACUUGAUUGUUUUAUAGCAUGGUCUUGCCACCAGCGUUGAGACUGCUCUAUUCCACAAAGCCUCCUGGAGGGAGUGCAUUAAUAGUGUGUUCUUGCUAGACUUGUGCUAUUAUGUCCUGAAAAAACCCUUAACGACCAGUGACAUACAGGGUACAUUGUGGUCAUUAAGGGGUUAAUCUGAAACAAACUCUUAAUAGGCAUCAGAAAAUUCUUACAGGGGAGAAAGGAUUUUCAUGCUCUGGCUGUGGGAAAUGUUUAACUCACAAAACGAAUCUUAUGCAUCAGAAAAUGCAUACAGGAGAGAAAGCAUUUUCAUGUUCUGACUGUGGAAAAUGUUUUAUUAGAAAAUUAAAUCUUAUUAUGCAUCAGAAAAUUCAUACAGGAGAGAAAGCAUUUUAAUGUUCUGACUGUGGAAAAUGUUUUACUCUGAAAUCAACUCUUCUUACGCAUCAAAAAACUCAUACAGGAGAGAAAAUAUUUUCAUGCUCUGACUGUGGGAAAUGUUUUACUCAGAAAUCAAAUCUUAUUGUGCAUCAGAAAACUCAUACAGGGGAGAAAGAAUUUUCAUGUUCUAAAUGUGGGAAAUGUUUUAAUCGGAAAUCAACUCUUAUUACACAUCAGACAAUUCAUACAGGGGGCAAAGGAUUUUCAUGUUCUGACUGUUGAAAAUAUUUUACUUGGAAAGUAACUUUUUCGGCAUCAGAAAACUCAUAUUAAAUUAAAUCAGAGCUUAACCUCCUAAGUGCAGAGGGUGGCAUGUAGUUGUCAAUACAAUACCAAGUGCUGAUGAUUACUGCAUGUGACCUCCAGGGGCAUGCGGUUUUGGAGCUGUUUGAGGGCCCCUUCUGAACCUCAAGCGUGUUUGAGGUGACCCCAGGGUGGAUUUGAUUUGAAUCAAAUUGAUUUAACUAAUGAUUUAAAUCACUAGUCAGUAAGACUAAUUUAAAUAAUGGUUUUAAUUUUUACACUAGUACCUUUUCAGAUUAUUUUUUCCAGUUAUAUCAGACCAUUACUGAUUUGGUUAUAUAUCAUUAGCUAUGCAUAGAUAGAUAAAUCAUUGAAAUGAAUGAAAUUAUUUGGAGGUGAACUAUCUCCGGUUUAAUUGGUUAAUCAUUAAUAUUUGAUCAACUUUUCACCUGUAUUUUUUUUGAAAGGAGAACAAUUAUUACAUUAAUAACAAUAGAAAUAGCUUUAUUUAACUAAAACAAUAACAUUAUUUUUCAUUUAUAAUGCUUGACCCUCCCUCCUCACACUUAGGUCCUUGUGCAGAUCUAUUGCGCUCCAAACAAUCUUCUUUUCAGUGAGCUUCUUAAAACUUUAUAUGGGUUGAUUCUGUGUACAUAGAUUUGCAGGGUACCAAUGGCAUUAAAGGAAAGGAAAGUCAAAAUUAAACUUUCAUAAUUCAGAAAGAACAUGCAAUUUUUAACAAUUUUCUAAUUGACUUCACUUCUGUAAUUUUCUUUGUUCUCUUGGUAUCCAUUGUUAAAAAGCAUGCAUAGGUAGGCUCACUCAGAUGCAAUGCACUACUGUGAGCUAGCUGCUUGUCACUGUCUCGCCCAUUAUAUUCAGAUAGCUCUCCUUCAACAAAGGAUUACAAGAGAAAGAUGUAAAUCUGAAAAUUGUAUGUUCUCUCUGAAACCCAAAAGUUAUCUUUCCUAAUUAUGUCCCUUUAAGGUCUAUUUAUCAACUCUGUAUGCUAAUUUUAUAACAUUUUGCUGUGAAGAAAGGGCAUGUUAUUUCUGCAGACACAAAUUCAUGUGCACUGCUAUUUCUUCAACAAAGAAUGAAGCACAUUAGACACUAGACAUAAAUUGUAAUGUUGUUUAAAAUUGUAUUCUCUACCUGAAGAAAUUUUAUGGGUUUAGUGUCCCUUUAAGAAAAACAAUUCUCACUGUAUUGUUUACAACCUUGUUUAUUUAAAAUGUAAUAAAAUAUGCAUUUUUUUCA